AUGGCGGACAGCGGAGACAGACCUGUGACCAGAGAGUCGCAAAGGAAUCCGCAUGCGUCAGCCAGUCGCUGGCGUCACCAGGAAUCGACUGCCUUUGCGCAACACGCCGCACAGCUCAGUGGCCAGGGGGCACCGCGAGAUCCUCACCACGUUAAUGGCAACACGGGAGAACUUGCAGACUUUCUCAAUGACUCCCGCGCGGAACCCGAGGACGGCGAUCGUGUCGUUGGAAAACACAGGCCCAUCACCGCUGCCGCUGGCGACGCCAAUGGCAACCUCAUGGGCGAUGACGUCCCCCAAAGCCAUGCUGCGCAGACCACCCCAGAACAAGGGGCGCCCGAUGGGAAGCUGAUUGUUUGUGGUCCUCUCCUCAACUACCGCCGCAUGGAACAAGGUCGAUGGUAUGGAAGCGUUCUUGUCGUCGUCCAGGGUGGAGGCAAGAUACCUCUGCACACUCCCUCCUUGACAUUGAAGCAAGCCGCGCCUUCACAAACGACCGAUUUUUCCAAUCCUACCGACGCCAUCGGCACAGAGUCUAUUAAUGGAACGGCUGAGGAGACGACGGUCGAGGGACGUUGCCUUUAUUCAGACCCCCGUAACACGUUUUGGGCUUUCGACAUCAACGUUCCCCUCCAAGAUGCCGAAACGAGCUAUGAAUACGCUCUCCCCGGUCUGCGCUUCUCGACAGGAUACAAGCCACAGGUGAACAGCUUCUUCGUCCCCGCUGCAAGGGAGUCUAUGCGAAUCAUGUUUCACUCGUGCAACGGUUUCAGUGUAGGUACUGACGAGGAGGCUUGGAGCGGUCCGGCGCUGUGGAACGACGUGGUACGGAAGCAUCGCGAGGCUCCCUUCCACGUCAUGGUCGGCGGCGGUGAUCAGAUCUACAACGACGGCAUCCGAGUUGACGGCCCCCUGCGCCAGUGGACCGACAUCAGCAACCCUAAGAAGCGCCGAGAGUAUCCCUUCCCAGAGAAGCUCCGUGCUGAAUGCGACGACUACUACCUCAAGAACUACAUCCGCUGGUACAACACGGAGCCCUUUGCCCUAGUCAACGGCCAAAUUCCCCAGAUCAACAUUUGGGAUGACCAUGAUAUCAUUGAUGGUUUUGGGUCAUAUGUUGACCACUUCAUGCGAUGCGAUGUCUUCCGUGGAAUUGGUGGAACCGCACACAAGUACUAUAUGUUGUUUCAGCACCACCUGCCACCCCCCGCAUCGACUUACGCCACUGAUCAUGCCGCUUUGGAAGAGGUUACCCAGGGACCAGACCCCAACCAGCUCAUUGAUACAUAUGUGGCGCCCAUGAGGGAGGAGCCGCAGUAUAUUGUGGGCGACAAACCAGGUCCCUAUGUGGCUGAGCGCUCAUACAACCUAUACGCUCGCCUUGGUGCUCGUAUUGCGCUGCUAGGGAUCGACGCGCGAGUCGAGCGUACUCGACACCAGGUCAACUAUCCCGAGACGUAUGAAAAGGUUUUCCAGAGGCUUCGGUCAGAGCUUGAAGCCGCCGCAAAGGCGGGUGAGCCGAUCAAGCAUUUGAUUCUGCUAUUGGGUAUUCCCAUCGCGUAUCCGCGCCUGACGUGGCUCGAAAACAUCUUCCGAAGCCCAGUAAUGGGCCCCAUCAAGAUGCUGAACCGACGCUUUGGUGUGGGUGGGAGCCUGUUCAACCAAUUUGACGGGAGUAUCGACCUGCUGGAUGACUUGGACGACCACUACACCGCGAGGACACACAAGAAGGAACGCCUCGACCUGAUGGAGCGGCUUCAGAAGGUGGCUGCCGAAUUCAACGCGCGUGUGACGAUUCUUGGAGGUGAUGUGCAUCUUGCUGCUCUGGGACGAUUCUACUCGAACCCGAGCCUCAAGAUUCCUGCCGAGGAAGAUCACCGAUACAUGGUCAACGUCAUUUCGUCUGCCAUUGUCAACAAGCCCCCGCCGACAGCAGUGGCCAACCUCCUUGCUCGGAGGAACAAGAUUCAUCACUUGAACCACAAGACAGACGAGACGCUGCUUGAUUUGUUCAACAAGGACCCAGGCGAUUCAACCAAGACAGCCAACCACAACCAUUGCACGAUGCCAAGCCGCAACUUUGCGACAAUCACGGAGAAUUCACCAAACCGUCCAGAGAGCGAUGUCAACAGCAGGAUGCUUGUAAGCGAUGAUGGAAGCGGUGGCGAGCCGCAGGAGCAGAUCUUUGUGGGCAAUGACGGCCACAAGUUCCUUCACAGGGGUGAAGUCAAGGCUGGCACAAAGCACAAGGCGGCGUCCAGAGAGACUCACGGCAAAGGCAACGACGGGACGCUCGACGUGUGCAUCAAUGUGGAAAUCAACCAGCAUGACCCAGAGGGUCGAACAGACAUGUAUGGGCUGACAGUGCCUUUGCUCAACUACCGCCAGAGAGAUGAGCCUAAGACGCCGAGAGAGUCUGGAGAUCGGUCCUAG